AUGGCUUCUCCGGCGGCCGUCCGCGGGGGUCGUCUAGCCGACCCACUGCUGGCCGCCGACGUCGUCGUCGGCGCCAAGGACAGGUACUGGGUGCCCGCCGACGAGAGAGAGAUCCUGGCGUCGCAGAAGAGCGGCGCCGGCGAGGACGGCCGGGUACCGCUGCUCUACCGCACGUUCAUGGUCAACGGCUUCCUCAUCAACCUUUACAGGUGGGAGCAUCGUCUCGGUUCAGUUCCUUCUUCCCCCUUGUUUUGCGCCAUAGAUGUAUGUUCCCGAAGGGCAGUGCCACUUGAUCGAACUCUUACGUUUCAUAGGUAGUCUAAAUCUAAGCAAUGUACUAGUACUACAGUAGUUUGUAGUACUAGUAUUUCUUGACAGACUACUCAUGAAGGGGCCCCGCCCACGGCUCCAUUUUAUAUGAACGAACGAAACCAGAUGAUACCUGAAUAUAAAUGUACUGCCUGAAUUUUGAUGCACACUGACGGAGUGUUAGUUAAUUGAUUCCAA